AUGAAAACAAAACCCGAAAUAAAGAAUAAAUCUACUGCAAUCAAACAUCGUCAUAAUAAUCGCCAAAAAGAAAAAUUAAAAAUCAAUUUGUCCAAAGACUCAUUUGUUGAUCAAGAGCAACAAUUAUCAACAUGUGUUUGGUGCAGACAGCUAGUUGGUCAAUUUUUUACAAUACAAAAUGAUGAGGCUGCUUCGAAAAUAUUAUGUAGUGAAGUAUGUUUUAAUCAAUAUCGUCGAGCUGCAUUUAAAAACAAUAAGAUUAAAAAGCAAUUGAAAAUUGAAGAAGUAACUUCACUGAUACCUAAGAACACUACCGUAUCAAAGUCAACAACAAAUGAAGUCAAACGUGGUAAUCAACGAAAAGUCUUAUCACUACAGUGUCAGUCAAAAUCCUCAAUAAAGAAGAAUGAAGCUACUCGAAGAUCAUCUCCUCUAACAUGGUUACCACGCAUGCCAAAAUAUCACCGAUCAUCAUUUCGUCCUAACGAAGCAAUAACUAAUCUUUCAACAGAUUUUACUCUUUCACCUUUCGCUUACAUUCCAACAGCUCCUAUCAAUCUAAAUUAUCAUCCAAAUCUAUCCGCCCCUUUCCGUCAAUAUCCUUCGGCAUUACCAAUGAGAACAAUGCCCAUAAAUCCUUUUCCAAUAGUAACAAAACAAUUUCCACCGAAUUAUACGUGCAUUCUACCAAGUUUUAUUCAGUUGCCAAUAUCGAUUCCACUAUGUUUUCCUGUUCAAUCGCCAUACACAAAAUGUUCCAUGGAUGUCAUGAAUGUUCGAGCAUGUCAAGCUGACAUACAAAAUGCUAUUGGCUGA